ACCUUGCAUCCAAACAACAAAACGAAAACAAGGAGGAAAAGUUAUCUGUUCUAAAGAUGGAAAAAACAGUGCUCUAUUUCACACUCUUUCUCUUUCUCAGUAUCAUUUACGAAACCGGGGCAAUAAAAUGCUACCAGUGCUCGACCGAUGAGGAUCCAAAAGGAAGAGAUCUGUGUGGCGCAUAUGAAUACUUUGACGAGGAAGCCCACAUCCCUGUUGACUGCUUCCAGGAGGAAUCUGUGACCCCAGGGACGUUCUGCGUCAAGAUCACCAAGCAGUCUCCACGCAUGUUUAUCUGGGAUGGCCGCUGGCGCACUGUUAUCCGCCGCUGUUCCUCAGUCACAGAGACUGGAGUGACAAACGUAUGCAACUGGGGUGUGGACCUGAAUGGUGUCUAUUGGGAGGAAUGUUAUUGCACCUCUGACGGGUGCAAUGGCUCAUCCGCAUUGACAGUCAGCUUUUCUCUCAUUGCUGCUGCUCUGGUAGCUUCCGUUUGGAUGAGGUUAUAAGGAAAGAAGCAGGAAGGGUUUAUGUGAUAGGAGUUGAUACUGAGUGUGUGGUACGUCUGUUCAAAAGUAUUUUUUUGUGUGUAGCUUUUUUAUACAUGGAGAAAAUGGAACUUUGUUAUCCAUAUUUUUAAAAUGAAUUUCCGUCCAUUUUGAUACAGCUGGUGAAAUAUGAUAUGUGAAGUGAAGUGUAAAAGGAGUGUUGUUCCUUUUGUUUGUUUUUAUGUUUUGAAUUAGGUUACUGUUUACCUGUUGGAAGUUGAAUAUGUUUUAACUCAAUUUUAUGGGAAAGCAUAUCAUAGGGAAGAAUUAUUUAAAAUUUAAAUUUAAAUUUAAAAUUUAAAAUUUAAAAAUGAAAAAUGCCAAAUUUGUAUGGCUAAUAUAUUUUUUAUGUUAUUCAGAACUUAUAAGUAGGAAUAGAUUAAAUGGUUACUAUUACAAAACAGUAUCUCAUUGAAACUAGAAUCUCAUUCAAAAUGAUCUUUUAAAAGCAUGUUGUUUAAAAAGUCAGCAUGUAAAAGCUAUAGUUAUUAUUAUUAUUGUUAUUAUGCUUUAUUUUCUUCAUUUUCCCAUUUUUAUUUUACUCUUGUUUAUUAUUAUUAUAAUGAUUAUUAUUGUUAUUAUUUUCUUUUUCCUUUUUUAGAUCUUAGAAUACUUGCCUGUAUCUUACCUUAUUGUUGAUGUCCGUCUGGAGUUGUCACUGUGAGCCAGUCCAUCCUUAAUUCCAGUUUAGAGCUCAGAUAUUGGAUUCAGCCAGGUGGACCAUUGUUGGUGUAAGGGUGGACAUCCAGUUCGGCAAAGAUGGCAGUACCAAAACCAAAGUUCCAAAAGGGUUUUCCACUAUGUUUGAUUUUUGGCAGAAAGUAGGAUAAGUUUAAGAAUUGAGGUCAGUUCUUUUAGGUCUUAUAUAAAAUGUAUUUCCCUUUUCUGCAAAUUCUGUUUUAUUUUCAUAAAAUACUUUUCUGUCUGUUUUACAUUCUCCUGGAUUGUUCAUUAUGUUGAAAGAAGAGGUAACAAAAAUUUAAAGGUUAAAAAGCUAAAAAUGAUUUCUAGGUAUUAUUUGAAAAUUAUUUUAUACCUAAGUGUAUUUUAUAUUGAACAGUCUAUUAAAUUAUGUAUGUUUA